AUGAUAGAGCUUCUCAGUGUCUUACUUUGUGUCAUUUCAGAAUUCGUUGGAACAAAUGAAACCACAUUGAUUACGGAAACACCUGACACCGCAACAAACACAUUGGAAGAGACUAUUCAGAAUAAUGCCAAUAACUCACUUAUCUCGAAUCAUUGUACUGAUUUUUACGAAACUGCAUGUGGAGAGUGGGAAAAACAGAACCCUUUGUCGGGUGAUAGUGCUAGUUCAAGCGUUAUGCAACAGAUGGGAAUGAACGUUGAUUACUACUUCUGGAAGAUAAUUGCUAACGAUUCAUACUAUAAAGAAGAUUGGCGCUUACAAUCAGCUCGAGCAUUUUACAAAUCUUGCGUAAAUAGUCGAAAUUCAAACACAACGCGUGAAAGUCGUCAUCACUUGAUAGAUAUGUAUUUUGGCGGAUGGCAACUAAUACCAUCACUUUCGACGGAUAUAAAUAAUACAAAUGGGCGAAAUCAAAGUCAAAUGAAUAACAAUCUUACCGAUCUAUUUCUACCAAUAUUAACACAAACUGGACGUUCACCUUUAUUUUCAAUGAACAUCUCAAAGGAUGUUUUUGCAGUUAUAACUGAUAUGGAUAAAUCCGAAGAGGAUUACUACAAGCUUGCAUUUGAAACUGGUGUAACUCAGUCUCAAAAACCACAACUAACGGAUGCUUUCCGAAAAAUGAUUCGAUUAGGCAGAAUCGAUUGGAGUUAUAUACUUGAAAAAGUAUUACAAGAAACUGGAUAUGUAAAAUACCACAAACUACCAAUCAUUAUAGAACAGCGAAAUGAACUCCGUCAACGUUGCGCAGAAUACCGUGCUUUAUUGACGAAAAAUGAUGGUGGGAGAUCUCUCACAGGAUCACCGGCAUUUCUUGCAACAGCUUAUUAUUCAAUGGGUGCAAAUCGCGUAUAUGUAUAUUCAGGACUUCUACAACCUCCAAUUUAUUAUGAAAAUGGUAGUUUAGCUUCGAAAUUUGGAGCACUUGGUUGGGUUAUAAGUCAUGAAAUUAUACAUGGCAUAGGUAUCCGAGGUGUACAGUAUGAUGAGAAUUGGAAUAAACGGACUUCUUACGAUGCUUUAAUGUCAUCCACUUUGAUACAUUUGAAAGCUUUAUGUUUGAGUCGUCAGUAUGUUUCCUAUAAUUACACUGGUUUAAAAGCUUUUCAGAUUGAUACUCAAGAAGAAAUGUUGGCUGACAAUGAUGGAUUAAAAGCGUCGUACCACACUAUGUGUGGACAUCAUGGUAAGAAAAUACUUGCACAAAGUGAAGUAGUUAUACCUCAUGUUUUGGAAAAGUUUAGGGUAAUCGGAGCGUUGGUCAAUAGUAGAAGAUUCGCACGUGCAUAUGGUUGUCCAGCUGGUUCACCAAUGGAUCCUGUUAUAAAAUGCGAUGCAUGGUAA